UCCUGGGACGUCUCCCGGAACAACCGUCAGUCAUGUUUAACUUAAUCAAAAAGGACCGAGAGGGGUCCAGAAGGGACAAGAAGGAGAAGAAGGAGAAGAAGGAGCGGAUGUCGGCGGCCGAGCUGAAGAGCCUGGAGGAGAUGAGUAUGCGCAGGGGCUUUUUCAACAUCAGCCGGGGCUCCAAGAGGGACUCCAAGCACCGGCUGGAGAUCUCCAACCCCAUCCCCAUUAAGGUGGCCAGUGGCUCGGACCUGCACCUGACCGAUAUUGACUCGGACAGCAAUCGGGGUAGCAUGAUCCUGGAUUCAGGGCACCUCAGUACGGCCAGCUCCAGCGACGACCUCAAGGUCGACGACACCACCUUCAAGGGGUCUGUGCUGCAGCGGGCGGCCAAGUUCGGCUCGCUGGCCAAGCAGAACUCACAGAUAAUCGUCAAGAGGUUCUCCUUCUCGCAGAAGAGCCGUGACGAAAGUACCUCGGAAACCUCCACGCCGUCCGAACACUCAGCCGCCCCUUCCCCGCAGGUGGAGACACGGACGCUGGAGACGCAGCUCGCCAAACAAGGUUUGCCGCCGGGGCCUCUGCGUGCCCCGCUGGUGUCCGCCUCCCGAGCCCGGUUGCCCGAGGUGGUCAGCAAGAGGUUCCCGGCUGAGCUGAAGCUCCCAGCGGUGGUGGCCCCGGAGCCUCCGGUUCCCAGGCAGCUGGAGCUGCAGCGGCGCAACACGGGUGACUUUGGCUUCUCGUUGCGCCGCACCACUAUGUUGGACAGGACUGCGGACGGGCAGGUCUACAGGCGGGUGGUGCAUUUUGCCGAGCCGGGUGCCGGCACCAAAGAUCUGGCUCUGGGCUUGGUGCCGGGGGAUAGGUUGGUGGAGAUCAACGGCCGCAACGUGGAGAAUAAGUCCCGGGACGAGAUUGUAGAGAUGAUCCGGCAGUCGGGGGAGACGGUGCGUCUUAAAGUGCAGCCGAUCCUGGAGCUGAGCGAACUGAGUCGCUGCUGGCUGAGGAGUGGGGAGGGUCUUUGUAGGGCAGCCUUUGAUGCCAAGACGGAGGAACAGAUUGCUGCCGAAGAGGCCUGGUAUGAAACGGAUAAAGUGUGGCUGGUCCACAAAGAUGGCUUCUCCUUAGCCAGCCAACUGAAGACCGACGCUGCUGCCCUUCUCCCCGAUGGGAAAGUCAAGGUGAAGUUGGACUACGACGGGGCCCUGCUCGAAGUGGACGAAGAUGAUGUGGAGAAGGCCAACCCUCCCUCGUGCGACCGCGCGGAGGACCUGGCCAGCCUCGUCUACCUCAACGAGUCCAGUGUCCUGCACACGCUGCGCCAGCGCUACGGUGGGAAUCUCAUCCACACCUACGCCGGGCCCAACAUGGUCAUCAUCAACCCCCUCAGCUCUCCAUCCAUGUACUCCGAAAAGGUGAUGCACAUGUUCAAGGGAUGCCGCAGAGAAGACGCCUCCCCCCACAUUUACGCCGUGGCCCAGGCCGCCUAUCGCAACAUGCUGAUGAGCCGCCAGGACCAGUCCAUCGUCCUCUUGGGCAGCAGCGGCAGCGGGAAGAGCACCAACUGCCAGCACCUGGUGCAGUACUUGGCCACGGUGGCCGGCAGCUCCGGGAAGGUCUUCUCAGUGGAGAAGUGGCAGGCUCUCUACACCAUCCUGGACGCCUUGGGCAACAGCGGCACCAGCUUGAACGGCAACGCCACUCGCUUCUCACAGAUCAUCUCGCUGGACUUUGACCAGGCUGGCCAGGUGGCCUCUGCCUCCGUGCAGACGAUGCUGCUGGAGAAACUCCGGGUCGCCAGGCGUCCCGCCAACGAGGCCACGUUCAACGUCUUCUACUACCUGCUGGCCUGCCAGGACAACGCCCUCCGGACGGAGCUUCAUUUCAACCACUUGGCCGAAAACAACAUCUUUGGGAUUGUGCCUUUGUCAAAGCCGGAGGAGAAGCAGAAGGCGGCCCAGCAGUUCAGCAAGCUGCAGGCGGCCAUGAAAGUGAUGGGUGUUUCUGGCGAGGAGCAGAAGGCCAUCUGGCUUGUCCUGGGGGCGAUUUACCACUUGGGGGCCGCAGGAGCUACCAAAGCCGGGAGGAAGCAGUUUGCUCGCCACGAGUGGGCCCAGAAAGCGGCCUACCUGCUGGGCUGCACCUUGGAGGAGCUCUCCUCCUCCAUCUUCAAGAAUCAGCACAAGGGGACGCUGCAGAGGUCCACCUCCUUCCGCCAGGGACCAGAGGAAGGCGCUCUGGGAGACGGCUCGGGUCCGAAGACAUCUGCCCUGGAGUGCUUGGAGGGCUUUGCCUCGGCCUUGUACUCGGAGCUGUUCACGCUGCUCAUCUCCCUCCUCAACAGGGCUCUCAAAUCCAGCCAGCGCUCUUUAUGCUCCAUGAUGAUCGUGGACAGCCCAGGCUUCCAGAACCCCGAGAUGGCCGGGCAGAGCCGCGGGGCCACCUUCGAGGAGCUCUGCCACAACUACGCCCAGGAGCGCCUGCAGACGCUUGAAUCCACUUUUGUGCAGGAGCUGGAGCGAUACAAGGAGGAAAACAUAGCCCUUUCAUUAGAUGCCAUAGAGCCCAGUACAUCUGGCUCUGUAGCCACAAUAGACCAAGCGUCCCACCCGGCACUGGUCCGCUCACUCGCCCGGACAGAUGAGGCCCGCGGCCUGCUGUGGCUACUGGAGGAGGAGUCUCUUCAGCCUGGAGGCAACGAGGACACCCUUCUGGAACGGCUGUUUGCCUACUACGGCCCACAGGACGGGGACAAGAAAGGCCAGAACCCCUUGCUGCAAAGCAGUAAGCCACGACACUUCUUCCUGGGCCACAGCUACGGCACGAACUGGGUGGAAUACGACACAACCGGCUGGCUGAGCUAUGUCCGGCAGAAUCCCGCCUCCCAGAAUGCCUCACUUCUCCUGCAGGGGUCUCAAAAGAGGAUAAUCAGCAGCCUCUUUGCGGGCCGAGCCGGGAGCGGCAUGGUGUUGUCCGGGUCCAUCGCUGGCCUGGAGGGGGGCUCCCAGCUCGCCCUGCGCAGGGCCACGAGCAUGCGGAAGACCUUCACCACCGGGGUGGCGGCCAUGAAGAAGAAGUCGCUGUGCAUCCAGGUCAAGCUGCAAGUGGAUGCCCUCAUCGACACCCUCAAGAAAUCCAAGCUCCACUUUGUCCACUGCUUCCUGCCCAAGGCGGAUGGCUGGAGCGGGGACCCCAAGGGACCAGGUGCGCGGAGGGUCAGCACGAGUGAGCUGGACCUGCACGGCGAGCACUGCGAGGCCGGACUCAUGCAGCUGGACGUGCCCCUGCUGAGGGCCCAGAUCCGGGGUUCCCGCCUCCUUGAUACCCUUCGAAUGUACCGGCAAGGUUACCCUGAUCACAUGGUCUUUGCAGAGUUCCGACGGCGCUUCGAUGUCCUGGCCCCCCACCUGACGAAGAAACAUGGGCGCAAUUACAUUGUCAUGGAUGAGAAGCGGGCAGUGGAGGAGCUCUUGGAAUCGCUGGAACAGGAGAAGAGCAGCUUCCACAUGGGCUUGAGCCGGGUCUUUUUCCGGGCAGGAACGCUGGCCAAGUUGGAGGAGCAGCGUGACAAACAGAUGAGCAGAAACAUCACGCUUUUCCAGGCCGCCUGCCGGGGCUUCCUGGCUCGUCAGCAGUUCAAGAAGAGGAAGAUCCAGGACCUGGCGAUCCGCUGCGUUCAGAAGAAUAUCAAGAAGAACAAAGGGGUGAAAGACUGGCCUUGGUGGAAGCUCUUCACGACUGUCCGGCCCCUCAUUGAAGUUCAGCUCACCGAGGACCAGAUCCGGGGCAAAGAUGAGGAGAUUCAGCAGCUGAAAAGCCGGCUGGAGAAAGUGGAGAAGGAGCGCAACGAACUGCGGCUGACCGGUGACCGCCUGGAGAGCAAGAUCACAGAGCUGAACUCGGAGCUGACUGACGAGAGAAACACGGGAGAAUCCGCCUCCCAGCUCCUGGAUGCUGAGACAGCGGAGCGGCUGCGAGCAGAGAAGGAUAUGAAGGAGCUGCAGGCCAAGUAUGACGCCCUCAAGAAGCAGAUGGACUCCAUGGAGAUGGAAGUGAUGGAGGCCCGUCUCAUCCGCGCAGCGGAGCUCAACGGAGAAAUGGACGACGACGACUCCAGUGGCGAGUGGCGCCUGAAGUACGAACGCGCCAUGCGGGAAAUCGAUUUUACCAAAAAGCGCUUGCAGCAGGAGCUGGAGGACAAGCUGGAGGUGGAGCAGCAGAGCAAGCGGCAGCUGGAGAGACGGCUGACCGACCUGCAGGCCGACAGCGAGGAGAGCCAGCGCGCCCUGCAGACCCUGAAGAAGAAGUGCCAGCGCCUGACAGCAGAGCUGCAGGACACCAAGCUGCACCUGGAAGGCCAGCAGGGCCGGAAUCACGAGCUGGAGAAGAAGCAGCGCAGGUUUGACAGCGAGCUCUCGCAAGCUCACGAGGAGGCCCAGCGGGAGAAGCUCCAGCGGGAGAAGCUGGCCCGUGAGAAGGACAUGCUCAUCGCCGAAGUUUUCAGCCUCAAGCAGCAAGUGGAGGAGAGGGAGUCCAACAUCGCCCUCUACACGCAGAAGGUGGAGUCGCUGGAGGCCGAGCUGCAGGACCUCUCCUCUCAGGAGUCCAAAGACGAAGCCUCCUUGGCCAAGGUCCGAAAGCAGCUCCGGGAUCUGGAGGCCAAGGCCAAAGACCAGGAGGAGGAGCUGGACGAGCAGGCGGGCACCAUCCAGAUGCUGGAGCAGGCCAAGCUCCGGCUGGAGAUGGAGAUGGAACGGCUGCGGCAGACACACGCCAAGGAGGUGGAGAGCCGGGACGAGGAGGUGGAGGAGAUCAGGCAGUCCUGCCAGAAGAAGCUGAAGCAGAUGGAGUUGCAGUUGGAAGAGGAGUAUGAGGAGAAGCAGAAGGUGCUGCGAGAGAAAAGGGACCUGGAAAGCAAACUGGCCGCCGUCAGUGACCAGGUCAACCAGCGGGACUUCGAGACGGAGAAACGGCUGCGGAAGGACCUGAAGCGCACCAAGGCCCUCCUGACGGAUGCUCAAGUCAUGCUCGACCACCUGAAAAACAACGCACCCAGCAAACGGGAGAUUGCGCAGCUUAAAAAUCAGCUGGAGGAGUCGGAAUUCACGUGCGCCGCUGCAGUGAAAGCUCGCAAAUCCAUGGAGGUGGAGAUCGAGGACCUGCACUUGCAAAUCGAUGACCUUUCCAAGGCCAAGGGAGCGCUGGAAGAACAGCUGAGCCGUUUGCAGCGGGAGAAGAACGAGGUGCAGAGCCGCCUGGAGGAGGACCAGGAGGACAUGAACGAGCUGAUGAAGAAGCACAAGGCGGCCGUGGCCCAGGCCUCCCGGGACCUGGCUCAGAUCAACGACCUGCAGUCCCAGCUGGAAGAGGCCAACAAGGAGAAACAGGAGCUGCAGGAGAAGCUGCAAGGUCUUCAGAGCCAGCUGGAGUUCCUCGAGCAGUCCAUGGUGGACAAGUCGCUGGUCAGCCGGCAGGAGGCCAAGAUCCGCGAGCUGGAGACACGCCUGGAGUUUGAAAGGACGCAAGUGAAGCGCCUCGAGAGCUUGGCCACCCGACUGAAGGAGAACAUGGAGAAGCUGACGGAAGAACGAGACCAGCGGACGGCCGCUGAAAACCGGGAGAAGGAGCAGAACAAGCGGCUGCAGCGCCAGCUGCGGGACACGAAGGAGGAGACGGCCGAGCUGGCCAAGAAGGAAGCCGAGGCCAGCCGCAAAAAACACGAACUGGAGAUGGACUUGGAGAGCUUAGAAGCGGCCAACCAGAGCCUGCAGUCAGACCUGAAGCUGGCCUUCAAGCGGAUCGGGGACCUGCAGGCUGCAAUCGAGGAUGAGAUGGAAAGCGAUGACAACGAGGAUCUGAUCAACAGUUUGCAGGACAUGGUGACAAAGUACCAGAAGCGCAGGAAUAAGCUUGAGGGCGACUCGGACGCUGAUUCAGAGCUAGAAGACCGCGUGGACGGCGUGAAGUCCUGGCUCUCCAAGAACAAAGGCUCUUCCAAAACGGUCUCUGAGGACGGCAGCUUAAAGAGCAGCAGCCCCCCAGGCUAUCGGAAAUCGUUUACCUACGACAAGUCAGACGAGGAGCGAGACAUCUUUGACAGCGCUCUCAGGUCCAAGCGCUCCUCUCGGAGCUACCUGAGCGACAGCGACUCUGAGAGCAAGCCGACGACGGAAAGCACCGCAUAGCCCCAGGCGUGAGCACGCACUGACAGGCAGCAGGCCGCUUCCUGACAUCUCGGCCUGCCACCUCCCCUCUCGCGCAGUGGAUGGCCUCGCCAGGCACCCGGGCGCCCCUUUGGGUUCUCUCUCUGGCCGACGCGCUGCCUGGCAGUCUCGCCCUCCCUGCUGGUAGCGCAGGGUGACCGCUGUCCUGUUCCGCGACGGGGGAAAGGUGAAGAGUCUCCGAGACCCAGGAUUACGUCAAGCCUGACCACUGCUCCCCCGCAGGCGAGCCGUCCUGUGGCGCUCCUCUCCUGGCUCCUGUCUGCAGUUGGGGGGGGAGCUGCCAGCCUCCUCUUGGUGGGGCAUGUGAGUGUGGAGGUCCCCCCCCCCAGCAGUGCCCGCCCGCCCGCCUUUUUGUUGUAAUUUAAAUCCCAUCCAACCCUUGUGUGGUGUCCAAUGAGAGACGGAUCCCUCCCGUUCUCCUUUUUAAGACGUUUUUUAAGUUCAGCCAAAGACUUGUGUGCCCGUGUGCGGGCUCUCUCUCCUCCUCCCUCCCCCCUCCCCCCCCCGCAAGAGAGACCGAGAGAAAGCAGAGAACGAAGCUGGCAUGCCCUCUGAGCACUUGGACGCCGUCUGCCUCGUGGAUGGCCCACGUCUGUGAAUU